AUGGAGAAGGCAUCACUCUUAACUCCGGCGAACCCACAUUUCUUCCAGCCUCUUCUUACCGGUUUCCAAAGCCACCUCGUACGAAACCUCGCUGUCUCUUGUCUUUCUUCAUCAGUCUCUAUGAACAAUAUUCCUGUGACGUUCUUCUCCAAGCAUAUAGAAGGAAAACACGAGGGUAGGACUGUUAAACUGAGAUCAGAUUGUUCGGACAGAACAUGGAAAGUGAAGAUAGAAGGCCAUAGGCUCACUGAUGGUUGGAAAGAGUUCGCCAAGGCACAUGAUCUUCGAGUCGGUGACGUUGUUAUCUUCAGACACGAAGGAGACAUGCUGUUCCAUGUCACUGCUUUUGGAACCAGUUUCUGCGAGAUCCAAUACGUACUGUCUGGCAUCCAUGUCAAAGUCAAAGAAGAGAGUGAAGAAAUUGGAGAAUCUUCAAGAAGGGAGAAAGAAUCUUCGUCUAAGCCAACAUGUUUUAGCCAAUCUGUGACGGCUUCAAAUCUAUCAAGAGGAGCUGUGGUUAGUUAG